AUGGUGGAUUACAGCAAGUUUGACAAGAUUGCUGUGGAUUCAUCCGACUCAGACGAUGCGGCGGCUGUUUGCGCUCCCACACGUCCGGCAGGCCAGCCGCGGAGUUUGGGCAGAUCCUCCUCAGCCAAGCAGCAGCAAGAGGAUUUCGCUUAUCCGACUCGAGGCCAGGGCAUCGUGUCCUUUGACAUACGGGAUGAAGCUUGUAGGCGCCAUGGGUACUUGCAUGGAGAUGUGGUUAUCACAGAGAACGGGCGGGUCUCCACCGCCAUUGGCGUCUACGAUGACAUGCUAUGGUUCCAUGUGGAAGGUUCUGAUGGUGCUGGCAUUUGGGUGAAUGAAACCCUCAAGAAAAUUGGUCGCACCACCCUCCGGCCUGGCGCGUCCAAGGAGGCCCCCACACUUGCAUCAGAGUGGCUGAAUCUGGAUUUCUUAUACACUGCAGGGGUCACAGUGUCGUCAGCCGAAGUGGUGCCGUUCGACAUCCGCGAUGAGAUUUGCAUGUCGGUGGGUGGCUUCAAGCAUGGACAAGUUCUUGAAGUACCAGGCAUCCGCAAGCCGGUGGUGACUAUCGGAGUCCGUCGCGAUCGUUUCUGCAUGGCCUUGUGGUUCCACGUCAAGGGUUCACCAGGGGCUGGCAGGUUUGAGGAAGGUGUCUUGGGCAAGGCUCGCGUGAAAGGGCACCAGGCGAAAGACGGGGGAGAGUCGGCGGAGAGCCAGAGGCUGUUGGAGCAGCUCCAAGCCGAGCGCAGGGCUCGACAGGAGGCGGAGGCAGAGGUCAAGAACCUUCGCAAGAAGCUCGAGAAGCUACGUGCUUCAAAUGCCAGCCUUAUCAAGUCCACGAGCAACAGUGAAAGACAGGCAGUGCGCAAGGAUCGAAUGAAGCGCGACGUCAUUGCCAGCGAGGUGGAGGCUGAAACGAAGGAGCGCCUCAUGGUCGAGCUGGUGCGGCCAAAGCUGGCAGAGUUGGCCGACCUCCGCCAGGAGCAGGAAUCCGUCCAAAGACGCUUGCAGAAUAAUGUGCUGGACACACAGCGUUUGCGCGAGGAGCUUGAACGUCGAGAAAGAGAAGCCCUGCGACUCCGUCAAGAAGCCACUCGCUUGCACCAAGCUUUUUUGGAAACUCCAAGGCAUCACACCCUAGGAUUUCCUCUUCUUUUCGGUGCGAAAGAGGCCUUGCGCUUGGAAGAGCGCAUCGAGAAGGAAUCCGCCGAAAAGACGGGAUGGACCCCAUAUUCUGGAGCAGUCAGCGCACAUCUAAUGGAUGCCUAUAUCAAAGGCACCAGCAACGUGACGGUGUCCUGUGAGGGUCGAAGCUACCAGGUCGAUUUCACAUUGCAGAUGCAGCUGAACCUGUCCACAAUGAAGCGCCGCCGCAUUCGUUGCAAUCUGGGUUUGCCGAAACACUGGCAGAUGAGCAAUGAAGAAGGGCUGAAGCUGAUACGAGGUGAGCCUUUAUCUGAUCAAGACUCGGUAAUCUCGGGAGGCAUCUCUGUGCGCACUCGACUAACUACCAUCAGUGAGGCGGCAGUCAUGGCCAUGCAAGUGCCUUUCAAAAGACAUGUCAUCAAAAUUUCAGAGGCCGAGACCUUGGAAGAACUCGAGGGACUCCUAAACAAAUUGCUGGAAGCCUACCAAGUGCGCAACCCGUACCUAUGGCGUCGAUUCCAGCGGUUUGGCAGAACCAUCCGCGACAAGCAGCUGCAGUUUGGGAUCACACCGGAAGGAAUACAACCGCCUGUUGGACAUGCAUUGGCCAAGCUCGCGAAGCGGCUUGACGUUGAUGUUGACCGCAACGAGCGGUUGUUAUUCCAUGGCACGAAACACUUUGGCUACGCCAAGGCUAUAGCCACCGAAGGUUUCGACAACCGAGUUGCAAAAGAAGGACUUUACGGAAAUGGGACGUAUUUCGCCGCGCAGACAUGCAAAAGCGCUCAGUAUGCUGCACGAGGGGCCAUGACUGGAAAGGUCUCUAGCCAUCGCCCGGGGACCAUUAACGUGGCUCGGGUUGCACUCGGCGAUCCGUUCUAUACUGCCGGUGCAUAUGACGGAUCUCGUCCGCCCACGAAAUCUUUCAACCAUUCAGAUUCGGACGACUCUGACCAGGAGGAUGCUCGGGACAUCAUUUGCGACUCACUCAUUGCACGGCCUGGCAUCAAACGCGGAAAUCUGGAACAAAGCCACAUGGAGAUCGUGACAUUUGCACCAGAGCAGGCCUACCCUGAGUUCAUUCUGCGCUUUGCUGAAGACUGUCGACUCGUGACACUUCCUGAUUCCGAAAAGCUCCCCCUCCGCUGCGUGGACUUAGGAGCCAAGACUGGAGGUCUACGACAGGAUACUUCAGUUAAACUCCAGCUCUUCUUGCAGCUUCUAGUUGUCGUCUCAACCGACGCCAUGACGGAUUUAAAACCCUGUCAGCUGCUCCUUUGCUCGGCAGCCACUGUCGACAUCAUCUACCCCAACCCGAUUGCAUUCGCUGCAAAGAAAUCGGAUGGCAGCGUGGUGACUUGGGGUGAUUCACAGACUGGUGGUGACUCGAGUUCUGUCAAGUGGAGAACUUAUGCACCUAGGAAGGUUCUGCAGGCGAUGGAAACGAUUGUUCCUAGCAGCCGCAGCAACGCCCCCCAGCAGCUGGACUUCAACUUCGACACAUGCACAUUGGGCGACAUGAUGAACGCAGUGUUUUGGAAGAAGAUUGGAGACCUGGGGAUUGAGCUUGGCCACAAUGAGGCUUCAGGCGGUGCUGCUUUGGCAGACGGGCCACCGCCGCGCCGGCCGCCACUUCCGCGGCGGCGCCAGCAGAGUAGAUCGAGGAGAGACUGUGACUUGGUCCCAUACCCCGAUGACCCCGCCAACAAGUCGUCCAACUCCACGCGACGCGACGAGCGGCGCAGAGCAAGGAGUCCACCAACUCGCGAGGCUGGGAUGAGCCAGCUGCAACGAGGCAUGCUGGAGCACAUCAGCAAGGAAGCAGAGCAUUUCCAAGUUCAGCGCACCAAGUUCAAACAUGUUGAUGUCAGGGAUAUAGAGACAAGCAGUGAGACCAUCAACAGCGCAACAUAUCUUGACUUGGUACAUGACCUCCAGUUGGGAAGGCAGGUGGACACACUGCCUCCGUUGGUGGUGAUCAAGUUCGUCGAAACAGCAGUCCAUGUGGCGGUGUUUGGAAAUACGUGUGUCGUCUUUGAAGAUGUCAACUUCCUUGGCGAAGAGAAAGUGCUCGCACCUCUGGCUGGCAAACUGGUGCUGCAGUCGGAGGAUCAGAUGGCCUGCUUGCAUCGUUUCCUCGCGAACAAGCGUCACGCAGCAAACGAUCCCGCAGAGACGGGAAGCAGCGUUCUACACAAGUUCAAAGACAACGUGCGAGUGGUGGAUGUCAAAGACAUCCGUCACUCUCACGACGCUGUGAACAUGCACUUCGCGCAUGGCGCGCACAAGGGACAGUCAGUCCAGACACUGGUGGAGGAUCUGAUUUCAGGGAAGCUCACGCCGAGAGACAUCACGCCACUGGUGUUGCUCGAAUUGAAAGAGGGAGAAUAUUGGACUAUCUUUGGAAAUAGGAAAAAGUUCGGCGAGCGCAAGCGGCAUCCUGGUCCUGUCUUGAUGGAUUGCCUGGUGUGGGACAAGGCAUGGCAUUCCAAAACACUGAACGACUACGCCGCAGUGAAGGGGUCGAAUUCGGAUGGCAGCGCGGUGACCUGGGGUUCUUCAGAUUGGGGUCGGGACUCUGGUUCUGUCAGCAGCCACUUGACGUCUGGCAGCGAAACCAUCUACUCCAACGGAUUGGCCUUUGCCGCAAAGAAAUCGGAUGGGAUUGUGGUGACUUGGGGUGAUGCAAAGUAUGGCGGGGCCCUUGUGGACCUCCUUUGGGACUCCGAGGACCUCCGAGGCCCGGACUCCUUCCUCUGGGCCUUGGCAGCCGCGGGCAUCUCCGAAGCCGAGGUCAUUCAUGAAGCCUGCGUGGAGGUGGCAACGAAUUUAUUUCAUGGUGAGGAUCCUGGUUCCUUCGGACGCUUGUCCAGGGUCCUGUGGUCCAUGGAGACCUUGGGCGCAUCGAGCCGUCAAGUUUGCAGGUCGAUGAGUCGAAGGCUCUUGCAAGAAAUCAACGGCGCUGAGUUGGAGGAGAUUGCAAUGGUCGUGUGGCCUCUGGUCUCGGGCGACGCGGAUCUUUCAACAGCUGCAGCGAUUCAGAGGAGGGUGGAGAGCCAGCUCAGGCAGUUGAGGCGGACUUCACCAAGUGGGUUGAUCUUCCAGCGUCUGGGCAUCUCCGUGAUGGGCAUCGCAGGCUCCUUUGCCAUGGCUGGGCGCUUGCCCCGGAGCUUCCGAGCUUCGCUGCAAAAAGCGCUGCUGCAAACCGGCAUCGACUUGGACAAAAGAAGCAACGUCAAGAUGCGGACCAGCCUGCUCCAUGGGCCUUCUGAACAUGACGACAUGUCGGCGACGGUGGUGUGGGACCAGCCGGACCGAGCCGUUUUCUUCAAGCCCCCUGGAUGGGAAGUCUAUGGUGCCCAUACGAAUCGCCAGAUGUCGUCUUUCGCUGCCAGUCACUUCGGCAACUGGGUAGCAGAAGCAGAGGGAAUCGCUUGGUUACGAGAGAAGCACUUCAAAGCUGCCAGCGGAAUCGCGCGGAACGCCGGUCGAGACCAUCGCUGCGAUACUUCUUACGCACAGACUGUUUGCUGGCACAUGAAAGAUGACGGAAACGUGGCUUGUGGCUUUAAGGAUAGGUCACAACUUCGGCUUCUUGCACCGUCUGGAUGUGCCGAGUUCAGGAUUGAUCGCCUUCGCCAAGACCUACGCCGCCUUCUACGACCUGCAGUUCCAGUUGCAUCUGGGGAGAAUCACUCGGGACUACACCUGCCUGGCCCAUGGCUGGCUCUGCCCAUCCUUGCAUCAAAUCACUGCGAAGGUGCAAGCCGGCACGACAGGACCAACGAUCUCGGGCGGCCGUGGAAAGUGGAGCCAAACUCGCCUGAAACUACUUGGUUACAUGAGGCAUCCUGUGGGUGCUUUCAGCCACCUCAUUCUACGGAUUGUCACAGGGAGGAAGCAUCAAAUCAG